GGUCGCGCCGCCUGUCAGGGAUGCGCAAUCGAUGCACAGGGCGAUUUCAUUGUCAAAAGAGCCACUCUGAACAAUGCUAUGAUUAUCAGCUCACCAGAUAUUUCUCGCAUAAUUGACUGACAUCCGGCGAGCAUCCAGUAAUAACUGCCGUGCCCCUGGUCGAGGUGUUCGUGUUGGAGGCGCGACACGAUGUCCUCCCCCGCCUGGGACUUUUCACCGGAUUGACCGACCUGCGCGAUAAAAACCUCUUGUCCACAGUCCCCUCCUCCCCCUUAUCUGGUAAAGUUUUGUUGACGGUCCUAACGGACUGGGUGCACAGAGCAAUUGCCUCUCAACAGUGUUGAAAACGUCCCACUGCACGACGACAGAUCCAACAUGCAUCUGUAGCACCCUCGCUGGCAGGAGCUUUGGGCAUGUCGGCGCUGAUCAUGGUCAGUUUACGAGUGGUCCAGCGUGUUUGGAUCAAGAAGUCGUUUGGAUGGGACGAUGGACUGAUCUUGAUGGGGUUUGCCUGCGCCGUGCCUCUCAAUGUACUCGCGUUUCCCUUACAAGCAUAUGACCUGGGAACAAAUAUCACCAUCUGCUUCGGCGUCUUCAACACCCUCGUCAUGAUCUUCCAGUGCACGCCCGUCGAUUACUUCUGGACGAGCUGGACGGGCGAGACGAGCGGUACCUGCAUCGAUAUAAACGUCAUGUUUUAAUCACGAUUGUAAGCUGUUUACGCCUGCAUGCUAAUAUCAAUCCAUCAAUC